AUGCUUCAAGCCACAGAAAUGACACACAAAAGCUGCUUCCUCACUUUUGCCUAUCUAACCCCAAGCCACAAUGUACUGGUUCCUUUAGCUCCACCAGCAUAUGCACCCAAAGACUAUUUGAUGAUUGUGGAUAUUCGCACCAUGGACGACCAAAUCCUCUUUUCCAAGGCUAUCCCAGGCAACGACAUUCCUGAAUUCUUUUCUGAGGGAGAGAUUGAAUCAAUCCACCUGCAAGAAACUAUUUUGGGUUUUCACAAUUUUAAAGGCUCAUUUUCAAGCUACCAACAAUUCUAUGACGUCCAGUUUCCACCUCACCGGUGCCUCAAUCCUCGCCUUAUCGGUGCCCAAUGGAAGGGAACAGUGCACCUAAUGAGGUUGCCGGACAGGAAGGUCAUCCAGUUUGUAGAUGUUUCUGAAUCGGAUGACCAGAUAGGUCCACCAGAUUCAGAUGAAGAUAAAAGCCAACACAUCUUGGUGACUUCCCUCAUUUCGAGUGGUUGUAAGUCAGAAUUGGCCACGGGCCGAUCGGACCAGACAUUGUUUCCACAUAUCCGCAUACACGAUUCUUCAUCUUUAUAUGAAGAUGGGGGCAUGAAGACGUGCCGCAGCAGAAGCCCUGGGCAAAAGGGAGCUUGGUUGGGUGUGGCUUUUCUUGGAAGAAACUUCAUGCUCAGUUGUUGUUUAUGA